AUGGCUCCCGAGCAGUUUCGAAACCCGCCGCAGAGCCCUCCGGUGUUCACCGCCACGGCCGAGUCCAUCCUAGCUGAUGCCAAGAAGAGCACCGAGAAGAGCAAGAGCAUCUUGGAUCAGAUUGUCGCAACCGUGACGCCCGAGACGGCCACGUUUGACAACACGCUGAAGCCCAUCUUGAUUGACGGCAAUGACUCGACCGGUCCCCAGAAUAUCCAGACCUUCUUCCAGCAUGUAUCGACGAACGAGUCCCUCCGAGAAGCUUCGACCAAAGCAGAAGAGCUUCUCAACGAUUUUUACAUUGAAGCAAAGAUGCGAGAGGAUGUUUUCAAGCUAGUGGAUGCAGCGUAUUCCACCCGGGACUCCCAAAACUUGGAUAAAGAGUCUCUCCAUAUCCUCGAGAAAGAGCGUCGAACGUAUAUUCGUAAUGGCUUGCUUCUCCCUCCCGGAGAGAAGCGAGACCGCUUCAAGGAGAUCAAGAAGCGCCUCAGUCAGCUCUGCAUUCUGGGCAAGAAGAAUCUCAACGAGGAGAAGGGCGGAUUUUGGUUUACUCGCGAGGAGCUAGAGGGCGUGCCCAAAGACGACAUCGAUGUCGACACGCUGGAGAAAGGAACUGGCGAGAACGAAGGAAAAUUCAAGGUCACUUUCAAAUACAACCACUACACCCCAUUGAUGAAGUAUGCAAUUCAUGAGGAUACCAGGCGUAGAUAUAUCAUUGCCGAUGCCAACAAGUCAAACAACAAUGUGGAAAUUUUCAAGGAAAUCAUGGAGCUUCGCGAUGAAGCCGCUCGACUCCUAGGAUAUCCGGAUCAUGCUAGCGUUCGCAUUGAGGAGAAGAUGGCAAAAUCGCCGACCCGUGUCAAUGACUUUUUGGGUGACUUGCAGGUUCGCUUGGCCCCCGGCGGCAAGAAAGAAGUCGAGGUCUUGCGAGGAUACAAGGAGCGAGACUAUAAAGAGCGCGGCAUUCCCUUUGACGGAGAAUUCUAUAUGUGGGAUACUUCCUACUAUUCAAGAAUCAUGAAGGAGGUGGAGUAUAGUGUGGAUGAAGUGGCAAUCUCACAGUACUUCCCAGCAGAGUCAAGUUUUGCUGGCAUGCUCAAGAUUUUUGAGGAAAUCUUUGGUUUUGUCUUUGUUGAGCUCGGCAAGGAAGACCGAGCACGCUUGAGCCCUACAGGCAAGGCUGAAGACAUUUCCUGGCAUGAAGAUGUCAUCAUGUACAGCGUAUGGGAUGAAGCAGCCAAGGGAGGCGAAUUCUGUGGCUACCUCUACCUUGACCUCUUCCCUAGAGACAACAAGUAUGGACAUUAUGCAAACUUUGGAAUUGAGCCCGGCUUCACCACAGUGGAUGGAAAGAGGAGCUACCCCUCGACCUCCCUAGUGUGCAACUUUAGCAAGCCAACAGCGACCAAGCCGUCACUGCUCAAGCACCACGAAGUUGUCACCUUCUUCCACGAGCUUGGUCACGGUAUCCAUGAUCUUGCUGGUCGCUCGCGUUUCAGCUACACUCACGGCACCGCGACUGUGGCCGAUUUCGUCGAAGCACCCUCUCAGAUGCUCGAGAACUGGUGCUGGACUCCAAGCGUUCUGAAAUCCCUGUCGAAGCACUGGGAGAGCGGAGAGAGCAUCCCUGAUGAGCUCGUUGAGAAGCUCGUCAAAACCAAACAUCUCAACUCGGCAAUUGGCGCACUAGGUCAGCUUGUCAUUGGCACCUUUGACAUGACCAUUCAUGGGCCCAAGACCCAUGAGGAAGCCAAGACCAGAAACUACGGCAAGCUAUGGAACCAGAUCCGUCAUGACAUUUCCCAGAUCAAGGGCCCAGAGGAUAUCGGCGAAACCAUGGAAUGGGGCAACCGAUAUGCCAACAUUGGCCACUUUCUCGGCGGUUAUGACGCCGGUUACUAUGGCUACCUCUAUUCUGAGGUCUUUUCCCUAGACAUGUUCCACUCAUUCUUCAAGAAGAAUCCCAUGGAUGGCAAGGAAGGUCGUAGAUACCGCCACACUGUUUUGGAACGAGGUGGCAGCAUUGACGAGAUGGAGUUUUUGAAGGAGUUUUUGGGCAGAGAGCCUAGCACGGAGGCUUUCUACGAGGAGUUGGGCAUUGCGGCCAAAUGA